AUGCCAACCGGCAUCCAGCGCCAACGAAUUCAGCACAGACGACAACACUCAACACCCACUGUUUUCGAUGCGCCUACAGUACGCCCAUCACCUGCUAAAAUACAACAACGACGACACAACAGAACUGGCAUGAGCUUGGAUUUACGUGGCCUCAACCUAGAAUCCAUCCAUGCCAGCCAACAAGCCACGGAUUAUACCCAACGACCAGGACCAUUCGACACACCCUUCCAGCAGGAGGACAGUACGCCGCACAGACAGCCCCAGCCGGGCCCCCAGGACACCUUUUUGGCAUCCCCAGUACAGCUCUCUCCCUCCACACCACGGAGUCCACGAAGGAUAAACCGUGUGCAGUCUCCCCAGCAGCCUCCCUGUUCCCCCUCUAAACCUCCUACUGAACAGCAACUGAAAGAACUCCACGAGCACAUACAGUCAGUGUAUGGCUCAUGUGGACAAGUCUUCAUUAACAUUCUCCCCACCCCCACUGCCACUCCCCAAAAGGCAGCACAGCUACCAAGUCAUGAGUCAUUCGUUGCGGCCCCCCAGUCGUCGGGCUUCACUGCUUUGAACGAAGUUAACCUUAAGCCCACCUCAAAGGCCAUGACAUUCGACUUUGAACACCCAGAGGUUGACAUGGGUUACGAGUCCUCCUCCUACUACACAUCCGACGCCUUGUCGCCAUCACCAGCAUCUUCGCCGCAAAGAGAGAAUGUCCAAGGCUUCUUGGAGAACAUCGAAGAGCACCAAGAAAUGAUGUUCUCGCAACAACAAAACAUGUUGCCUCUCGCACAAGACUCCAUGCACAUCAAUGGUCUACCACUUUCUCUAGACUCUUUUUCGCAACCUCAACUCUUCAAUGAUCUUGAGGUGGAUGCGAGCUAUGAGUACACCGGCAUUGCGCCAGAGGAAGUUCAAAGAUACAUUAGCGAGCAAGAUGCUACCACUGGCAAGUGGACCUGCCUCUACCAAGGUUGUAGCAAGGUCUUCGGACGCCGGGAAAACAUCCGCUCCCACGUCCAAACACAUCUUGGUGACCGCCAGUACAAGUGCAAUGGAUGCGGCAAGUGCUUUGUGCGACAGCACGACUUGAAGCGCCACGCAAAGAUCCACUCCGGCAACAAGCCAUACAAGUGCCCAUGUGGCGCGGGCUUUGCACGACAAGACGCACUCACACGCCAUCGCCAGCGCGGCAUGUGUGUUGGUGGAUUCCCCGAUGCGGUCCGACGACAGGCCAAGCGUGGCCGCCCGAAGAAGAGCAGUCGCCCGGACCUUGAGGAGCGAGUCGAAAAGGCCAACAGGACGCGACGAGCACUCGUAUCCGCACCUUCAUCAUCUGGCUCCUCCUUCUCAGACUCUCGUUCCUCCUCACCAGUAGAGGGAUAUGAGCCAGCUCAAUCGGAAAGGACGCAGUUGCUUUCCGACUCGCAAAACUACAACGACUCCAUAAACACAUCAUCAGAUCCUUUCAGUUUUGAGACAUCAUCAAGCCCCUUUGCAGAGGAUGCCGGUCUUGCACGUUCGAGCUUCCACUCCACUGCCUACACAAGCGACGCUGCAUCCAUGAACAUCCUUCAACAGCUCUCCCAACACUCCCAAACACCCCCAAUGUCCCCCGCCGACGUGCGACCACAAUCUGCGGGCUCUUCCCGCAGUUCUGUCCACGAGUCAAGUGCGCCCGUCCAGUCUUCUAGUCCAGCCAAGGCAACAACAUCGCCAUCGCGGUCAUCGGUUCAGUCAAAUCAGUUCACAACACCACCCACCUCGCCCAUCGACUCCAAGGAUUCUCUCGACGAACUGUUCGAGACAAUGCCUGAAAACUCGUACUCACAAUUCGAUCUUGAGAUGAAGGCCAUGAAUGACUUUACUUCAAUAGACACCACAUCCUGCGACUUCUUGGAUUUUAGCGUCUAA